AAUUUUUAGGUGAAAAUGUCGUUUUUUGAAUAUGUUCGGAAUGAGAUAACCCGAAGUUAUAUGCUGGAUCAUGAUCAGGAGCGGUAUACUUCGAAACGAGAGAAAAUGUACACGUUCAUGAGAAUACCAAGAGAGCUGGAGAAGUUUAUGUCCUACGGGUUCUUUCAUUGCUUGGAUUCUUUCUUGUUCAUCUACACAUUCCUCCCGCUUAGAGUUAGCUUAGCCGUUAUAUCAGCAAUGUUUCGUGCACCUUUAAUCAAACUAGGAUACGUUCAACCAUAUCAGGGACGAAUGUUGUUUCCUGCCGAAAUCAUUGAUAUUUUAAAAGUUCUGAUAAUCCUGGUGUGUUGCUACGCCAUGAGCUACGUGGACACCUCCAUGCUCUAUCACAUGAUCAAGUCCCAGUCCGUCAUCAAACUCUACCUCAUGUACAACAUGAUUGAAGUUGCAGACAGGCUAUUCAGUGCCUUUGGUCAGGACACUAUAGAUGCUCUGUUCUGGACUGCAACUGAGCCUAAGGGGAAAAAGAGGGAACAUAUUGGAGUAGUUGCUCACCUCCUCCUAGCAGUUGGAUACGUCUUUCUUCAUGCUCUUCUUGUUCUACUUCAGGCGACUACCCUGAACGUGGCAAUCAACUCCAGCAACAAGGCUCUCCUCACAAUCAUGAUGAGCAACAACUUCGUAGAGUUGAAGGGAAGCGUUUUCAAGAAGUUCGACAAGAAUAAUCUUUUCCAGGUAUCGUGCUCCGAUGUACGAGAACGGUUUCAUCUUUUCGCUCUGCUCUUUGUGGUUGUUCUCCAGACUAUGAAGGAGUAUGGAUGGAAGGAGGAGAGUUUCUGGUCUCUAGCUCCGGACUGUUUAAUUGUACUCGGAGCAGAGGUUCUUGUUGACUGGAUCAAACACGCUUUUAUCACUAGGUUUAAUGAAGUCUCAGCUGAUGUCUACAAGGACUACACAAUAUCUCUAGCUUAUGAUCUAGCACAGACUAAACAGAAACUAGCUUUUAGUGAUCAUUCGGAUAUAGUCUCACGUAGGAUGGGUUUUAUACCUCUUCCCUUGGGGGUUGUUAUGCUUAGAGUUAUCUAUACAUCUGUCAAGAGUACCAAUCCCGGAGCUGUGGCUGUAGCUGUCAUGGCGUAUAUUUGUUUGUUUACAUUUAGAGUUCUGGGAUCAAUCGUGAUCCUGGGUAAAGCUUGUGAUCUGAUUGAUGAGCAUAAAGCUAAGCAGGAGAAGAAGAAGAUAAGUGUAGACGAGUGCAGACCCCAGGUUCCUCCUAAACAGACUGAAGAUAAGAAAUUUUCUGUUGAGGAGCUGAACCCUGCUCCGGUACCCUUGGUUCACCAGAGAGUGGAAACUAUCCUGCACAAGACCAAGGAGGACCAGGAGCUGUUUCAGCUCCCGGACCAGAGCUCAGAGAGACUCUUCCUCUUCCAGAACAGCUGCGAGGAUAGGUCCGACGUAAUCCUGACGAACAUGAACUCAGCCAUGAUCGAUGAUGAUGAGGACACGAACGAUAAUAUCUUGGAUGAGUCGGAGACGGAGUGUACAAGGUUGAGUGAUACCUCGGAGUUAGACGAAGAGAACCAUAAAGAUUCAUCUAAUCUGACUCCGGAGAGUUUAUUAUUAAGUCCUGCAGCGAAAGCUAAAUCUUUAUCUUCUCCUGACCUUCUCCGUCGUGAAGCAGAGGAUUGGGAAGACGAGGAGGAGGAGAGUAUUCUUGUUACAGCUCAGGGUUCAAUGCUUUCUCCGCAAACCUUUCUCCCUCACCUUGAACCUGGUGUGAGGAAGAGAGAUACUCCGGGUACUUGAUAUUGGUGGGAUAGCUCUACUACUCAACCUGAGCUGGAAAGCUGUAAUUGUCCUUGCCUCUGUGAUAUUUUAAACGAAAACCUUGAAUAUUCCUGUACUAACUCCAAUGACGGGGAAUGAUGGAAACCCCUGAAACCAGGAGACUAACCUGAACCUGCAGAUAAAAACCCGACCAAAGCAAAGGCAAUAAAGAAUAGAAAUGAUAUAACACACAAACACACGAAAUUCAAA